AUGGAGCUGAUUUCCAAGACAAUCAUCUACUCUCUGUUGGUCUUCCCAAGCCUUGGGGUACAUGGGGAAUUUGCUCAGGGUUUUAUCACCAUUGCUGGACCUCUCCCCAGCAAGUUAAUAGAUAGAUUGCAUCUGCAGAACCAAGUCUUGCCAAGGGAAGGUGAGGGCCCUGCCGUGGCUGAAGCUCAUGAUUACCUGUGCCAACACCAUGUGGUGCCUCCUGAGCUGCCCCAGUACUUCUCCCACCUUCGUGAGAUCGGGGUGACGCAUUACAAGGUCUUCCUGCCCUGGGCACGUGUUCUGCCAGAGGGGAAUGCCAGCAAGCCAGAUGAAGCUCAAGUGCAGUGCUACCAGGAGCUGCUCAAGACCCUGGUUGCUGCAGCCCUCAAGCCAGUGGUAGUUCUGCAUCACCAGCAUGUCCCCAGUGCCGUGGCCACACGGGCCGUGGGUGGCAAAGCUGACGCUUUUGCUGACCUUUUUGUGGAAUAUGCAGAGUUCAGCUUCCGAGUUUUUGGGGAUCUGGUUGAUGUGUGGCUCACUUUCAGUGACCUGCCAGGAGUCCUAAGAAGUCUGCCCCGAGCUGAGCCCCAGGCCCUAGCUGCUGCUCACCAAAGGGCCUACACCACCUACCACGAGAGAUACUCACCGGCGGGUGGAAAGCUGUCCAUUGCUUUAGGAGUGGGUCACAUCUUGGAUAGUGCUUCAUCAGAAUCACUUUUGGUUUCUCUUCAGGACUCGUUAGGCUUCCUGUCACUCAGCCUUCAGUACUGCUGUGGAAAUGAAACAGUGUUCUACCACGAACUGAGUGAACUCCAGAAUGUCUGGAAGCACACAGACAUCUUGAUUUUCAGUCUAAAGUUCCUUGACUGUGGUUCCAUGGAGGAGAACCUUUUCACACCAGUAGCUGCCAUUAUCACAGCUCUUAAUAAAGAAGAGACACGUGUCAUUGGGUAUGAUGUUAAUGAGCUCUUGGACUUCUCAUCAUCUCAUGUUUUAAGCAAAACAAACACUCUCCAGGAGAACCCAGAUGCUGUUCUUGCCCCUCGCUCCUCCUAUCAAACAGUCUGGGAAAUGUUUGCCAAACAGCCUGAAUCAGAGAGGGAUUCUUUUCUGCAAGAUGUCUUCCCAAGUGGCUUCCUCUGGGGCACGUCCACUGCUGCCUUUAACAUUGAAGGGGCUUGGGCAGAGGAUGGGAAAGGAGAGAGCAUCUGGGAUCAGUUUGGGCACACGAGUCAUGUCUACAUGAACCAAACAGCAGAUGUGGCAUGUGACAGCUACUAUAAAACCAGCUAUGACCUCUACCUGCUUAGGGGGCUUCAUCCCCAACUGUACAAGUUUUCUGUAUCCUGGCCUAGAAUUUUCCCUGCUGGCACCAAUGAGACCAUCAGCUCCAAGGGUGUUGAUUAUUACAACCAAUUAAUUAACCAGUUGCUAGAGUCUAACAUUGAGCCCGUGGUGACUCUGUUCCACUGGGACCUCCCCCAGGCUCUUCAGGUUCUUGGUGGCUGGCAGAAUGACAGUAUCAUUGACGCUUUUGUGAACUAUGCAGACUUCUGCUUUAGCACUUUUGGGGAUCGAGUCAAGACCUGGAUUACUUUCCACGAGCCUUGGGUUAUCAGCUACGCUGGCUACGGCACCGGAGAGCAUCCUCCAGGCAUCACUGACCCAGGAGUAGCAUCCUACAAGGUGGCUCACACCAUUCUCAAGGCUCAUGCCAAGGUCUGGCACCUGUACAAUGACAGAUACCGCUCUCAGCAGCUGGGCAAAGUGGGGCUGGUGCUGAACUCGGACUGGGCUGAACCCAAGACUCCCACCAGCUCUGAGGACGUGAGGGCAGCUGAGAGGUACCUGCAGUUCAUGCUCGGCUGGUUUGCUCACCCUAUAUUUGUUAAUGGUGAUUACCCAGAUAUCCUGAAGGCUCAGAUCUGGGAAGCAAACCAGCAGUGCUCCACAACAGUGGCCCAGCUGCCUCUGUUUACAGAGGAGGAGAAGUCAUGGGUGAAAGGGACUGCUGAUUUCUUUGGCCUUUCCCACUACACGUCCCGCCUGGUCAGUGCCGUGGCUAACGGGACCUGCACGCCCAGCUACGGGAGCAUCGGGAACUUCUCCUGGCACGUGGAUCCUUCCUGGCCACAGACAGCCUCUUCUUGGAUCCACGUGGUCCCUUGGGGAUUAAGGAGGCUGCUGAAGUUCGUGUCCCAGGAAUAUACAGGGACAGAGAUCCCAAUUUACAUAGCAGGAAGCGGUGUGCCGACGGAAGGCGCCGGGCACCCCGCUAACGACACCCUGCGAGUGGAUUAUCUCCGCCGAUACAUCAAUGAGGCUCUCAAAGCUGUAAAACUGGACACGGUGGAUGUCCGGUCGUAUAUUGUUCGAUCCCUGGUAGAUGGCUUCGAAGGCCCAGAGGGGUACAGCCUAAAAUUUGGGCUGCAUCAUGUGGAUUUUGAAGAUAGCAGCAGACCAAGGACUCCCAAGGCAUCUGCUUAUUUCUAUUCCAGUGUUAUUGAAAAAAAUGGCUUCCCAUCCAAGGUCUUGGACGGGUUUUCUGCACCGGCAGCAUUUGACCUCCCCGUGCCAUACAAGCUGCCAAGUUUACCAGCAUCAGAAGUUCCCUCCAAGGCAAAGGUUGUCUGGCAGAAGUUCUCAUCUCAAACAGACUUUGAAAGGGACAUGUACUUUUAUGGGACGUUCCCAGAGGACUUUACAUGGGGCGUGUCUUCUUCUGCCUACCAGGUAGAGGGAGGUUGGGAUGCUGAUGGCAAAGGACCCAGCAUUUGGGAUAACUUCACCCACGUCCCAGGGAAUAUAAAGAAUAACGAUACAGGAGAUACAGCUUGUGAUAGCUACAACAAGGUGGAGGAAGAUAUUUACCUGCUGAGAGCCUUAGGGGUAAAGAAUUAUCGUUUCUCCCUGUCCUGGUCCCGGAUUUUCCCCAGCGGAAGGAACGACUCGAUAAACAGUCACGGAGUUGACUACUACAACCGCCUCAUCAAUGGGCUGCUUGCAAACAACAUCACUCCAUUUGUCACCCUGUACCACUGGGACCUGCCACAGGCUCUGCAGGAUGUUGGUGGCUGGGAGAGCAGUGUGCUCAUUGACCUGUUUGACAGCUUUGCGGACUUCUGCUUCCAGACCUUUGGGGACAGGGUGAAGUUCUGGGUAACGUUCAACGAACCCCAAGUGAUUGCUUGGGCCGGCUAUGGCUCUGGGGAGUUCCCACCCAAUGUCAAGGACCCUGGCAGCGCUCCCUACAGGGUUGCCCACAUCUUGCUGAAAGCUCACGCCAGGGUCUACCACACGUACGACCGCAAGUACAGAGCGAGUCAGGGAGGGGUCAUCGCUCUGUGCCCCAACAUCGACUGGGCUGAGCCAAAGACACCGAGCGACCCCAGGGACGUAGAAGCUGCAGACAGGUACCUGCAGUUUUUGGUGGGGUGGUUUGCACACCCCAUUUUCAAAAAUGGGGACUACCCUGAGGUGAUGAAGUGGAAAGUGGGGAACAGGAGUGAGCUCCAGAACUUGCCGUCGUCUCGCCUGCCGGUGUUCACGGCGGAGGAGCGCGAGUACAUCAGGGGCACGGCGGACGUCUUCUGCUUCAACUCCUACACCUCCAACAUCGUGACCCACGCAACGACCCGCCUGAGGCCCUUCUCCUAUGAGCAUGACAGGGAGGUUUCAGUAGAGGUUGACAGCUCCUGGCCUUCCUCAGCUGUUGCUGCCCACAGGGCUGUGGCCUGGGGGCUGAGGAGGGUUCUGAACUGGGUUAAAGAAGAAUAUGGCAAUCCCCCCAUCUACAUACUUGAGAAUGGGGUGGGGACAAAGACAUCAGAUGUUGAUGACAACAGCAGGAUAUUUUACUACAAAACAUACAUCGAUGAAGCUUUAAAAGCAUACAAGUUGGAUGGUGUUAAUCUGAGAGGAUACAACGCUUGGUCUUUAAUGGACAGCUUUGAAUGGUUGAACGGUUACGACCCGAGGUUUGGGCUGCACCAGGUUGAUUUUGACAACGCCAGCAGGCCGAGAACCCCGAGGCGCUCAGCUGUGUACUAUGCAGAAAUCAUCCACAACAAUGGCAUCCCACUGCCAAAAGAAGAUGGAUUUUUGUAUGGAGAGUUUCCAAAGAACUUCUGCUGGAGUGUAGCAACCUCAGCAUAUCAGAUCGAGGGAGGAUGGAGAGCAGAUGGGAAAGGACUCAGCAUUUGGGAUCAGUAUUCUCACACUCCCCUGAAAAUCAGCAAUGAUGCCACUGGAGAUGUAGCUUGUGACAGCUACCACAAGAUCCAGGAGGAUGUGGCAAUGCUGAAAAGCCUCAAGGUGUCUCAUUAUCGCUUUUCAAUCUCCUGGUCCCGCGUCCUCCCAGAUGGGACCACCAGGUACAUCAAUGAAGUGGGACUGAACUACUACGAGAGGCUUAUUGAUGCUCUCCUGGCAGCUAACAUUAUGCCUCAGGUAACUCUCUACCACUGGGACCUCCCACAGGCACUGCAGAACCUCGGUGGGUGGGAGAAUGAUACUAUAGUUGAGAGGUUUAAGGAAUAUGCUGAGCUCCUUUUCCAGAGACUGGGAGAUAAAGUGAAAUUCUGGAUAACCGUCAAUGAACCCUACAACACUGCAUAUUGUGGCUAUGGUGUGGGCACAGCAGCUCCAGGCAUCGGCGCUCGGCCGGGGAGAGCCCCAUACAGGGUGGGACACAACUUGCUAAAGGCCCACGCCGAAGCCUGGCACCUCUACAACGAGACCUACCGGGCAAAACAAGGAGGAUCCAUCUCUAUCACCAUCAACUCUGACUGGGCAGAGCCAAGGAACCCACACAAGCAGGAGGACAUCGAGGCUGCCAGACGAUACCUGCAGUUUCUUCUAGGUUGGUUUGCUCAUCCCAUUUUCAAGAAUGGCGAUUACAGCGAAGUGAUGAAGAGGAGGAUUCGGGAGCGCAGCGUGGCUCAGGGCCUCAGCCAGUCCCGGCUUCCAGAAUUCACUGAAAGUGAAAAGCAAAGAAUUAAAGGCACAUAUGACUACUUUGGCCUCAAUCACUACACUACAGUUUUAACAUACAACUUAAACUAUCCUGUGGGUGUCCUGUCGUAUGACUCUGACAGGGGUGUAGCCUCGGUGGCCGACCGCAGCUGGCUGGGCUCUGGAUCCCUCUGGCUAAAAGUGGCACCCUUUGGCUUCCGAAAGCUCCUCAAGUGGAUAAAGGAAGAGUACAACAACCCUCCCAUUUUUGUGACUGAAAAUGGCAUCUCAGAAAGGGGAGACUUGGACUUGAAUGACACCUGGAGAACACAUUACCACCGGAGCUACAUCAACCAAGCGCUGAAAGCUGUUGUGCUCGAUGGCGUCGACUUACGAGGCUACACGGCGUGGACGCUGAUGGACAACUUCGAGUGGGCAGUGGGCUUUGAGGAGAGGUUUGGCUUCUACAACGUGAACUUCACUGACCCCAGCUUGCCCCGGAGCCCCAAGGCCUCUGCCAGGGCUUACUCACAGAUCAUCAGCUGCAAUGGCUUUCCAGACCCAGCGACGGGCCCCCAUCCCUGUCAGCAAGUGGAGCCUGAAGUGCCAGCCCCGGAGCCCAGGCCAGAGGCAGGUACCAGCGUGCACUUCCUGGGAUUACAGUUGACAUCACAAAGUGCAGAAACAGCUCUCUACAUCCUUUUUGCUCUUCUGGGAGUUGGAGUGUUGGUCUUGGCUCUUUUGGCAUACACAUAUGGGAAAUUAUCCAAAAGAUCCCCUAAACAACCACAUGUGGAACUCAGCAAACUGUAA